UCUCCGGCACACAUUCACGGUUUUCCGAUCCGGUACUGCUUGAGAAUUGAGAUCAGCUUUACUAAUUUUCCACACCAUCUCGUAUUUACCAUUUACUCUUCUUUAAUAAUUAAUCCAUCAUCUGAUGCGGUAUCACUAAAUUUGUUUAGGUCUUCCUUGAGCACUAAUUUGUUCGAAUCUUAAUUUUCUUUUAUAUUCUUUGUGGACUAAUUAUGACGCAGGUCGAGGAGGUUGAUUGUGUUUUUCUUUUCCUCGCUGCUUUGGUUUUUUUAAGUGAAUUCUGAUUUGGUUCUAUCUAUCAAGGGCUUUUUAUUUUUGUUUGUGUUUUAAAAAUUUGAUGUUUUCUUUAUGAUAGCAACAGUAAUAAUAAAUAGAUUUUAAAGUAAUUUCUUUAUUUAUCAAUCCAUUGCUCUCGUAUUCUGUAUUUAUUAGAGUUAUUUACCUUAACAUUUUAUCUGAGCUUUUAUUUUGGGUUUAUGUUCUGCUUGAUGGCGGGCAUGGAUAUUGUAAGAUAUUUGGUUUAAUCUGCUAGUAAGUGGAAUUUUGGGUGAUAGAGGCUGUAGAAACAUUUAUAAAUACUUUUUAUAGUGUUGUAGUGCAUGCAUAUAUAAUAUCUUAUUGAUGAAAUAGUUCAUUGCCAAGAUCCUAGUUUGAGAAAAUGCUUUUGAUGCCAUUGAUUGUUUGGUAUUUACUAUCAAUAAAUUUGAAAGGAAAGCGAAUCAGCUUCUAAAAUUCAGAAUUGGAAGGGGCUUAAUGAACCAAUCCCAAAAGCGGAUGAGAUUAAGAAAUUUUUCGAAGGAUUGUCUCAUUAGUUUGGGAAGGACAACACAUUCUGAUAUCAAAGACCGUAUAUAUGGUGGAUUAAAACAAGUAUUUGAGGUAAAGAUAUUGAAAGGAUUACACAUUUUUAAGUGGCUGAUCCUUGUCUUCAUUCUUUACAAGUUUUUUCUUGGGUAUUUUCUUUAUUAACCUAAGGCCUGUUGGAAUUGGUGCUCUGUGGAAAAAAACAACAGCUUCCAUUGUCUACAUUCUACUUAGAAAUGCAGGUUUGGUGACCUUUUCAUAGUGGGACUUAUAGCCUUCUUUUGGGGGCAUAGAGAGAUCGAGGAGUAGAAGCAUGAUGGGACUUAGGGUAAAGGGGAUGCAGCAGUUUUGAUCAGAUGAUAUUAGAUCUUUCUAAGGCCUCUUCAGAUACUUCCACAAGUUGACGCACUUUGGUCUCAUUGAGCAACAGAGCUAGGGGCUUUCAAUUUUGAGAUUUUUGUUCAUAUCGGGAUCUUUUACGCUAAGAGAGACAAUGUGCUAUUGCGUGCUGGAGAUCACCCUUUGUGCUCGGAGAGCCUUAUGAUCCUUAAAGAUUAUAUUAUUUUUAUUUGCUGGAAACUUAUUAUUUCUUGAUGACAUUGCAAAAUCAAUUGCAACUUAGCCUUGUUGCCAAUAGCUUGAAUAACAUGGUAUUUAUUGAAAAGGAAAAGAAAGUGUGGUUCCUUCCAAGAAGUAUAUUAACUUAGAACUAGUCUUUUUCUCAAGGGGGAUGUCUCUGGGUACAAGACAGCAUGUAGGAUGUAGCAUUCUUUUCUAAGAAGUGUAUGGGUAAAUUCUUGGUUUCAAUACCAUGGAUGGUAAUGAAUGGCAGAGAUGAUUAUUCUUUUUCUAGUGUAAUGUUUAUAUGGGCCUUUACCAUUUCCUAGGGCUGUUGUCCAUCUUCUAUCUGUUAGAGGGCAUGGUUGUAAUUAGUGUAAUUAGUGUAUAUGAGGGUAUUACUGUCAUUUUUAUGUAGUAUGUAUAGGCUAAAAAGAUCAAUGAAUAAUAUCAAGUGUUUUUCUCUCUCUAUGUUAGACUACAAGGUAUUAGAGCGUUGAGUAGUCAAUUGGUGGUGGUUGUGCGAUAGGGAGCUAGUGGUGGUUAGUGGCGCAGUGUGGUAUCACUAUCAUCGUUUGUGGUGGUGGGUGGUGGUUGUCCUCUUCGGCGUUGGCUGCAAGGAGCUAUUUUCGACGUGUUUCCAGUGACCUCAGGUGUCAAGGUCACCGGAAUCGAACUCGCUGGCAUUUUUUGUGCACGCUAGUGAGUUUCCCAUUGUCAUCAGCUGCCGGAAGGAUGGUUUAUCGCUAGCGGCGGCAAGCUUUCAGGGUGUUUGGUUGUAGGUUUCAACAAACCCAGUUCUCGAUUGUGUAUGCCCCCAACCUAGAGUAAGAACUUAUUCCUAUCCGGAAUAAGACCUGUUUGGUAAUGCGUAUACGGUAACCAGCUUCUCUUAUCCUUGUUUAGGAUAGCUUAUUCCUGUUUAAGGUUACCUGUGAAACCAGUACAGGCAAUACCUGAAAUUUCCUGAAACAGACCAGUUAAGGCCCGAAAGAGGCCAGUUCAAUGCCUAUUCUUGCUUAUUUCAAUCGGUACAAGUUGGUUCUACCCGAUACAGGCCCGAAAUUUGGGUUCUUAAUCUGGAUUUCUACUUUUCCAGAUUAUAUUUCCCAGUUUUUCAACCAUAUUUUAUGUUUGUGUGAAAUCCUUGUUUCCAAUUUGAAUUGUUGUGAUACUUUUCUCCAUAGCAACUAAAUUUGAGUCAAUGUCUCUACACCAAAUGUUAGUAUGCCUAUGAUUUCAGUGAAGUUGAAUGGAAAAAAUUAUAUGUUAUGGCCAAAAUCUGUUGCAAUGUUUUUGAAAGGCAAGGGUCUUCGUUGUACUCACUUGGUUGAUCCAAAGCUUGCCUCAAUUAGUUCUACCUUUGCUCAAUGGGAGCAAAAAGAUGCUCAAAUAUUGUCUCUGAUAUUGACCAGUAUUGAGCCUAAUAUUUGCACAAGUUUAAUACAUUUUGACAUCGUACAAAAUGUGUGAAGGCUUCUCAAACAUAUGUAUUCGGGUGCUGGGAAUAUAACCUGUAUUUAUGAGUUGUGUAAGCAAUUUUUUGGGUUGAAACAGGGUACUUUGGGCCUGGAAGAGUAUUAUUUUCAAGUGAUGAGCAUAUGUGAAGAACUCAAAAUGUAUCAACCUAUCACUUCUGAUGUUUCAAGUAUGUUAAAACAAAGGGAAGAUUUUAAUAUUGUUCGAUUUCUUGUUGGCUUAAAACCUGAGUUUGAGUCAGUGCGUUCUCAAAUUUUAGCAAGUACACAGCUUCCCUCAUUUCUUGAUGUGUUCUCCCGACUUUAGUGAGCUACAUUGUCUUUUGAUCAAAGUAAUGAGAGAUCCGCUUUAGCUGUCUCCUAUGUUGCUCCUGGUGGGUUUGGAGGUCGGAGUAGUAAAGGUGCACGUGGGAGACGUGAUGCCAAAAAUAAUCGCAAUCAAAGUCUUGAAUCUCAUAAGUGCACCCAUUGUGAUUACACUAACCACUCAGUGGACUAUUGUUGGGAUAUACAUGGUAGACCAUCUGGAUCCGCUAAUCAAGCCACUUUCCAAGAUGCUACAUCACCGUCAAUGAGCUCCACCCUAACUCUAGAGAUGAUUAGCAUAUCGAAUGAUGAGUAUGAUAAGUUUUUGUGUCGCACACAGAUUGUUUCAUCUUCCAUAGCUACUAGUGCCCAUUCAGGUACAACGUCCACAUGUCUUUUCUCAUCUACUUAGGAUCCAUGGAUCAUUAAUUCAAGAACUAAUAAACACUUGACCGAUUUGUCUUAUUUCUUAUCUAAGUUAGAUACUAUGACAUCUCCAAAGAGUGUUACUCUUGCUAAUGAUUCUCUUGUUAAAGUUACAGGUAUUGGAUCCACUAAGCUCACCGAUUCUAUAUCAUUGUCAUCUAUUUUAUACGCUCCUAGUUUUCCCUUUAGUUUGCUGUCCAUUAGUAAAAUUACUCAAACUCUUCAAUGUUCUGUGACUUUUUAUCCCUCUGUAUGUAUCUUUUAGGAUCUCAAGAUGGGAAAGAAGAUUGUUACUGGGCAUGAAGCUGGUGGUUUGUAUUACCUUGAUGUCAAACAGUCAUCCACUCGAGCCCUCACAUCCUCAUCAUCUACUUUUGAAUGUCAUUGCUGCCUUGGACACUCAUUCCUUUCUCUUUUGAAAUGUCAAGUGUAUUCGUUUCGCUUGCGACCCCUGGCUUCCAUGCCUCCACCAACUUUGUCUCCAUCUUCAGAUCCUGAGUUGCCUAGUGCUUUAGACUCUCCACUUAUUUCUCCCAGAAAAGGAAGGGGUGCCACUCCAGAAAAUGGUUCUGUUGUUUAUCCAAUGGAAAAUACACUGAGUGGAGUAUACUGUUCCCCUUACCAGAACAUGGAAUACAGGCCUGUUCAACAUUCCUUAUUAAGUGCAAGAAUGGAAGGUCCACAAUUUCGAGUGGCUGGUUCAGGUGCAUCUUAUGAUCCAUUUCUACACUCUACAGCUCCUGGAAGCUCUUAUAUGGUCCCAGAGAAUAGUGCUGGCCAUGCCCAUAUGAAUUACUAUAAUAGCCACACUACACAGGAAGUAGAGAGUGCUUUACUAGAUCCUACAAUGGGAACUGGAAGAAACCCUUUCAAGAGAAAAAGCCCUGACCUUUCUUUAGGCUGUGAGACAGGCAGCACAAGCAGAUUUUAUGCCACUGGAAGUUCGUCCAGUUCUUCUGAAUCUCAGCCUGAAAAAUCAACUUCAGACUAUAGACAUUUAAGUUCAAGUUCCAUUGGCUUACCCCACUACAGAGGUGGCAAUUUCCCAUUUGGUAGUGAAGAUGCUCUUAGGAAUGUGAGAAGCCGAUCUAGACUUGAUGUGGAUCCCAUGGGGAGAAGUUAUAUAUCAAAUCAAUCUUUUCACCAUUACCGUCCAAUGUCUCAUUUGACCAGCCAUUCUGGAACAGUGGGCAAUACUAAUAUAAAUGCAGAUGUCAACACUCAUGAUCAGAACCAUGUCACUCCACCUCCUGCUGCACAUCAAAGGCUUCCGAUUUCAGAAACCAUUGUCAUUAACCAUGAAAUGAAUCAGUUUCUUGUUGGGGGAAGGAAUUUAGAUACUGGACGUCUCCGUCGUGAUUCCUUACCGAUUAGAAAUCCUGUUUCACCACCACUAUAUCCUAGUGGUAUUCAUCCUCAGAUCAUGAGUGAAGGUCGUGGAAAUUAUUCUCGAAGAGCUAUAUCUUCAUACAGAGCCAGUCCAAGUUGUUCCCAGUUGGGACAUGAAGCAGCUUGCUCAGAAAAUGGUCCGCAGUUUCUCUCAGAAACUCAUUCUUCCAGAUAUUUAAGGCCAUCAUCUGCCAGAGGCUGGUGUAACAAUCAUUUGGAUGGAAGGUCAAGGAUAUCUAGUGAGAGGUUUGAAUCAGUCUCUAAUGCUGGGGCACAUGAUAGGAUGGGACCUGAGGCUCUAAUGAUGGUGGAUCAUCCGCCCAUUUAUGGCUCCAGAAAUUUGUUUGAUCAGUAUAGGGACAUGAGGCUCGACAUUGACAACAUGAGCUAUGAGGAACUCCUUGCACUAGGAGAAAGAAUGGGGAAUGUAAGCACUGGCUUGUCUGAGAAUUUCAUUUCAAAGUGCUUGGUGGAGACAAAAUAUUCUUCAAAACUUAUCCUGGAGGAGGCACGCUGUGCUAUUUGCCUUGAAGAGUACAAGAACAAGGAGGAAAUUGGGACAGUGAACAAUUGUGGCCAUGACUACCAUGCGGUCUGCAUAAAGAAAUGGCUAUUGAUGAAGAAUGCCUGCCCCAUCUGCAAAGCUCCUGCUCUGUCAGAUAGUUUGAAGGAGCAGUAAUUGACAUUUAGUUCUCUUGUGAUUUUUGCUCGUCUCAUUCUUGUAAAUAUACAAAGGCAAUUCAUAAACGAGAGUUGGAGAAGCCUCUCUCUCUCAUGAUGUAUGUAUACAAUGCUUGAAAAAACUUGAAUUAAUUUUAGUCUACUUUUAUCAGCUAUAACCAAAUCAGACAUUGUACGUUGUAGAGAA